AUGUAUGCUGAUAGAGUAUUCGAGCCCAAACCCUCCGCCAUUGUCGCCGCCGCGGAGGUGGCUGAUCUACGGAGAAUCGAGAGUGCUAGUGAAUGUGAUUUUGACGAUGAGUUUAGAACUGAAUAUGACAAAGAGUACAACGAGUACAAGGAUCCCAACAUGUGUUUCGAAGUUCCUCAAGACACACCAACAACUACUAAGGAUCACAGUCAAUAUUUCAAUGUGGGUGUUGAGUUUGAAACUGCGAAUGAAUUAGUGGAGUGGGCAAAAAAAUUGGCUGCUACUCUUGGUCAUCGAUUGAUAGUAACUUCAAGCCAGGAAAAUGUGUAUGUAGUAAUUAGAUGUUAUGUGUCUGGGAAGGGACGUGAAAAACGAACCGAAGGUGUGAAACAACGGAAUGUGGAAACAAAGAAAUGUGGAUGUCCGUUUCGUAUAUACUGUAGCAAAAAUCGAAACGAUGGAUUAUGGCGAAUGAAUUUAAAAAAAAUGGCACCCACACUCACCCGACGCUACCGUAUCUUACCGGACAAGUUACUUAGAAGGAGCCACGUGAAUGCGGCAUUAAUCAUGGAUCGAUUGAGAAAGGAUAAUCCACAGACAUCAACGAGUGUGAAACAUGUCUACAACCAACUUGAGAAGAUGAAAAAAGAGAAUAUGGCGGGGAAGACUGUGAUACAACACGUGAUGUCGAACCUUCAAGAAUGUGGAUAUGAAUAUUGGUAUCGAAGUAAUGAAGCUGAUGAUACACUUACUGAUUUGAUGUUCGCUGCUCCUAUUUCACUGAAACUUUUGCGGUUAUUCUCUCAUGUUAUAUUGAUUGACUGCACUUACAAAACCAAUAGGUAUGAGAUGCCACUUAUGGAAAUAAUUGGAAUCACUCCUGUUGGUUACAAUUUUACAAUUGCUGUUGCUUUCAUGUCACAUGAAGAUACACACACAUAUGAAUGGGCUUUGGGUUGUUUGAAAUGUGCAUUGGGGGGGCAGCACAAAUUCGUCAAAGCAUGGACCAAUAAGAUUUUGCAUUUUGGGAACACGUCGACAUCUAGGGUGGAAAGUGCUCAUAAAUCGUUGAAGGGUUGGAUUAGUGCUUCUACCGGUGCUUUGAACACCAUUCAAUAUCAGCUCGACUCCGGGGUCGAGUAUCAACUUACCAAGAUCAAGGGUGAGUUUUCAAAAUGCAGUUUAAUCCGGUUACAUAAAUCAUCGUAUCCAGUAUUUCAGGGUUUGAUAUGCAAAGUCACUCAUAAAGCAUUAAAUUUGCUUGAUGAUGAGCUCAAUAAACCUGGGUUUCAAGACCCAUCUUUUUGUGAUCACGUUCUGUGGGUUACUCAUGCACUUCCAUGUGCAUGCCAAAUUGCGUUGACAAUCCAGCAACGUGAUACAUUUAUAUGUAUGGAUCUACAUCCAUUUUGGAGUACCAUGCACGUUGAAGAACCAGAAAUACCUGAAUCACAGGUGGAUCGUGAAACAAUUAUGAGAGACCGGAUAAUCAAAUUAGCCACCGAAGUGUUAGGAAAAGAUUACAUGACUCAAAAGAUGACUGCUGAUUACAUGAAUAGCACUAUUCAUCCAGACACCAUCCACUUGGCAGAGCCUGCAUAUGUUAAACCGAAAGGAAGGUCAAAGGAUAAACCGAAGAGAGAUAAAUUUGGUUGGGAGUAUCCAACAUUCCCGCGGAAGUCGUCUACUGAUGAAGAAAAGGGUAAAUCGUCUGCAGGUUCUAAGGGUCGAAAAAGUACUUCUACCGGAACCCCACCAUCGAAAGUUACCGAUCCCGACUCUGGUCGUGGACGAGGGCGGGGUCGAGGGAGUGGUAGAUCAAGUGAUGAAUCCACUGCCAAUCAGAAUCGUAUGCCGAUGCCUCGAAGGGAACCGGGCGAUGAGCUCAAUUUCAGAUCUUACAUCCCAGGUUUUGUGGCAGGAUCUAUUGUGUCGUAUGUUAAUGUUAUAGCAAAUGAAAAUUGUGGAUACAGAUGUGUUGCAGAAGCAGUGUUUCGAGAUCAGCACAGAUGGAGUCGUGUGAUGAGAGAUUUGAUUGCCGAUAUGUACGAGCGAUUUGGUACGUACGCAUCGCAAAAUGGUCAAGAUGAAGUAAUCCGAUGGAUUACAAGAUGCGAUUGGCAAGAAGGACCGUGUAGUCAGGACAAAUGGAUGUCAUUUCCGGAUAUGAGAAUGUCGAUAGCGACUAAAUACCAUGCGGCUUUGGUCUUAUACACCGUUGGCGGAAGUAUAACCUACUUACCUCUAGUAGGUCCGGGUGAAUUAUCGCAUAUGAUCCAUAUGGUGUUGUUAGGAAACCAUUUUGUCCUUAUCCAGUUACCGGUUAAUUGUCCUCUACCACCUAUCACUCCACAGUGGCGAACUGUUAGAGCCGCAAAUCUUGCCCACUUGUCGGAAAUGUUCGAAGAACACCUAUACAUGUGGCGUCGUUUAUCUAGGUUGAGAUAG